GGUAUGAUGUGUCUUCUAAAAUGGUUAUCUCUGUAUUAUGAUAAGUUUUACUGAUAUGAUGAUGUCGGGAUUUUGAGGCAUAGAUACCCUCAAGUCUUUGAAGGUGCUUCUAGGAUGCUUCAUUUCUUAGUAAUGAGCUAGUCUAAGCAGUACAGACAAUGUGAUAAAACCUAAAAGAUCGCGCUAACUCAUCUCCUUCGGAAAUGUCUAGGUGUCAAAGACAUUCUCUACGUACUCAACAUGCCUCUCCAAGUGCUGAUUGUUGGCGCCGGUAUUAGCGGUCUGUGUACUGCUGUCGUACUUCAGCAAGCCGGCCACUCUGUGAAGGUCUUAGAGAAGUCUCGGUUUGCCGCCGAAGUGGGUGCUGCAAUCCUCGUAACCCCUAACGGGGCUCGGGUGCUGUCUCGCCUGGGUUUCGAUUUCGCGAAGGCUCGAGCUGAUGAUAUGACAUGCUUCGAGGUAUUGAAUGGUGUCACAUUAGAACCCCUUCACCGUGCGGAUCUCAUCAAUGCUCGCGAGGAAUUCGGGGCGCCGCUCUAUACAGUACAUCGUGUAGACCUGCACAACGAACUUUUGCGUCUCACCUCCACUCUGGAUCUUGAAUUGGCAUCGAAAGUGGUAGCAGCUAACGCUGAAGAAGGCUUUGUUAUACUUGAGGAUGGAACACGGCAUUACGCGGAUCUCAUCGUCGGCGCUGACGGACUGCAUUCCGUUUUAAGGGGUGUAGUGCUAGGCGACCAAAAGGCGGCGAAAUCUACCCCCUCAGGACUGAGUGCUUUCCGGUUUAUGAUACCAACAUCUGACCUACAGGAUGAUCCACACUUUCGGGAGCUGCAGAAAGUAAAAGGGAGAGGCAACAGCGUUUUAGCAGAUACGACCUCUCAGAUAGAACGACAUAUGGUAUGGUACACUUGUCGAAACGGACAAGUCCAGAAUUUCGCUGGUAUUCAUGGAAGUACACACGGCGACGACGCAGAUCUGAAGUCUCUCAUGUUAAGAGAGUUUGGCCAUUACCACCCUAGUAUAGCUCAUAUCAUCAAUGUAGCUCCAAACGUUACUGACUGGCCUCUAUCCUAUCACGACCCGCUUCCAAUUUGGCAUCGAGGGAAGUUUGUGCUGGUAGGGGACGCAGCUCAUCCGAUGCUCCCGUUUGGGGCACAAGGGGCAAAUCAGGCCAUAGAAGAUGCCGGGGCUUUAGGUGCGCUUUUCGGCAACGGAGAGUCGGCGGCGGAUGUUUCCAGUCGUCUCGUUACGUACGAACGAGUCCGCAGAUUACGCGCAUCGAGAGUUCAAUCGCUAUCCAGAGUCCGCCUCGGCAAGGAGAAAGAGGUCGAGGAUCUAGUUCGUCGUUACGCCGACCCGCCAGGCUCCGGUGUGCCGACUUCAUUCUCCGGACGUUUGAAGCAUGAUUACACGGUCGACGUAUUUGAAGUAUGCAAAGAGGCGUUAGCUACGGAAAGACUAGAGGCUAGAAAAUGAUCAGCAAUACUUGGUGUAAUCCUCAUUAUCAUCCUAAGUCUAGGUAUAAGGUCUACAAGGGUCUACAAAGGGCUUAAAUACAAUAUAUAUCCGGGACACUGUUAUAUAAUAGAUAGCAC